ACGAACAGGUGAGGGCAGCAGGAGACUGCCACAAGACGCAGGCAGGCGGCGUCUUGCGUGCAGCAGCGGCCGCUGGCUCAGGUGCAGGUGCAGCUGGAUCGUCUGGCAACGCGCGCCCAACGGCCGGCGCGCCUGCGUCCCGACUGCGAGGCCCCAACGGCUCCAUCUUCGCUUCUUGCCAGCUGGGCUUCAGACCAAGUCUACUUCUUGUGUGGCUCAAAAUCAAGCUCUGCUUUCUCUCCAUCAUCUCUCCUCCCUCUCUUUGACGUGGCCUUACACUCGUUUCCGUCUCCGUUCCUCGCAGGUCGAGCCCUCUCCUUCACCCAACCGCCGGCCGGUCCCCCUCACGUUCCUUUCACCAUGCUCUCCGGUGGUGGCAACCUCACGGCCGUGGCAGCCAACAGCAGCAGCGCCUCAGUGCUUGCUCUGCUGCUCGGCAGUGCUGCUGUCGCCCUUCCUUCUUCCUCGCGCGACGCCGGCUCGCUCGUCGCCGCUGCGCUCCCCUCGCAGCCGGCCGCCUCACGCAGUGUGCUGGCGCUCAGUCUUGCCCUCGUGCUGCUCGCUGCACUGCUUGCGCUGUGCGACUGUCUCUUCGGCAGUGUGCGCUCGGUGAAGUACUAUCUCUCCACGGCAGGACAGUCCUCCUACCUGCGCCGCUCGCUGUUCAGCGGCUGGCGUCCGCUCUACUCGCUGCUCGCCACCGUGGCGCUGGCGGCCCAAGGCGCCUCUCUGCUCUGCGUGCUCGGAAGCAGCAGUCUGCUGCUCGGCGAGCUGCUCGACGUCCUCGCCUUCGCCGCCAGCAUCCUCGCCGCGCUCUUGCUCUGCCUCACCGUCGUGCGUCGCGGCACAGCAAGUACGUCGGCCGUGUGGAACUACCUGCAACGGCCAUUGCUCUUCGCCGCCGUCGCCGUGAGCGCCUCGGGCGGCCUGGCGCUGCUAGGCUUCGCGUACGCCGCAAAGCAGCGCAGCGUCUCUGCGCUCCUGCCGCAUCUCGACGCUCUUGUCGCUGCAGCACCGCAGCCCUGCGCCGCAGACGAUGCAGGCUGUGGAGCAGUGGCGCUCGGCUCCUCACUGCAGAGCAUUGCCGCGGCAACGUGGGGCCUCAACGCCAUGCGCGCAGCCAUGCUCCUGCUCCUUGCUGCUCUCAUGCUCGCAACAAGCCUCACGGCACAGAGCGAGAUCGGCGCCGCCGCACGGCAAGCCGAAGCGGAAACAGCGGCGCAGAGCGCCUCUCGCUACCCCUCGAACGGCCUGGAGGAGAAGCGCGCCUCCUCCUCCGGCUUCCGCAUCUUCCACCGCGAGCCUCGCCGAGCCAAGCUGCAAGAGAUUGACGAGCAUGCCGUGCGGCGAGGCAGCGUGCCGGAUGCCAUCGACGAGUGGGGCGCCUCGGUGCACAUGCUCGACUACGCCGGCUCCUGGCACGCCGACAGCCUCUCCUCGCACGACCUCGCCGCCAAGCAGCGCCACGAGCGUCGCGGCAGUGCCGUGUCGGCCUUCUCGUCGGUGCAGGGCCUGAAGCUGGACGUGUCCGACGAGAUGGGCGCAAGCCUGGUGCGCAAGUACGGCAGUGCCGAAGACUACGGCGCCAGUGUGCCCGUCGGCGCCUACUACAACCACUUCCACCGCGCGUCAGAGACGCGACGAGGCAGCACGACGAGCAGUGCAGCUCGCAGCGCCUCGACGCGCUCGAAGACCUCGGCGGCAUCGCGGAGCAAGAAGCACGGCGGACCACUGGCUGGCAUUCCGCUCGUCGACGCCAGCGAGGCGACGCGCGACGUGGUAGCGCCGCAGACUGGUACUGCUGCGCUGCUACGCGCCGAGCGUCGACGCCUGCGUCUGGACCUGCUCUUCGGGCUCGUCGUCGUGGGACUCCUGGCGCUGCUGCUUGCACUGCGCUUCGCAGCAGGCGAUGCACUGGCGCUCGGCAUGCGUCCGCAGCUGCGGCUGCUCGACGAGGCCGCACAGGCACUGCUGCUGGGCGUCGCGCAUGCGGCCACACUCACAGGCCUCAUGGUGCGCGGCUCGGGUGGCUGGGCAAAAGAGGCCCUGCCGGAGGUGCAGGGCGGCGGAGACGAGGAGUGCGGAGAGAAGCGCUGGCGGACGCGCCGGCCUUGGGAUCGCGCUUGAGGGGACCACUCGAGACGCCCCCUUCUGCUCACCUCCCUGCUCCCACCCUACUGUCUCCCUGGUCCCUCUAGUCUGCUCUGC